AUGGUCCUCGAACAGUCCAAACUCGACGAGCUAGCCGCCACGGGCGUCGCAGACCUCGAGACCUUCUGGUACGAGCCUGAACCCGACAAGCUUCGCUGCCUAGUCUGCGGGGAGUCAUUCACUCACGAUGCUCUCGUGCGAACGUUCAAGCUGGCGCCUCCCGACGGCCCGUCUGCGUUAAGCGAGUCUCUGCGCUGCAGCCGGGUUGUUUCGACGCACUUGCAACGAGACGUCUUGUUCUUCGACAGGCACCUCCAUUGCCUCCGGACAAGCGAGGUCCAUGUCUUGACAGUCUCGCAUGUCUGGGACCCGCAAGUCUCCAUCAAUCAGCAGCAGGGUCGCCACUCACCUCAGCCGCUGGAAAUCAGGCGACAGGCCAUCGAAGCACCCGUCCUCGUGUGCUGUGGGCUCGAAGAGAGCAUGGAGGUGGAUGGGAACGGGCAGGAACUAUGGCACGACUACUUCAGCGUUCCGCAGUGGACGGAUGAACUGAAGAAUCCGAUCCUUCGCAUCAUCCACACGCUUUACAGCUCCAGUUACGCCACGAUCAUACACUUCAACGACCUAAGCUCAUCCACCGUGGAGAAGCUUCGCCAGGAUGAGGAGUCUGAUGUAACCCUGGACGGUAUGACGGGGGUGUGCAAUGCACAGUGGUUCCAACGCAUGUGGACGGCCAUGGAGUUUGUGAGUAGCAGUCGGAUCAGGAUGAUGACGUCCGAUUACCACCUCGACACUGGAGCAGACGACCCAGCCUUCCUGGACAGGCUUCAUCGCGUAUGGGAUGAGGAGGUCGUCAGGCAGGGCAGCGUUCACAAUGUCGAGAACAUGGUCGGGCUCCCCGAGAACCGAAAUCUGGUGCCCUGGACGCUUGGGCCGCUGCGCGAGGUCAAGUCGCACAAGACAACCAGCUUCGCCAUGGCUUUCGCCCUGCUGGCAAGGCGGAAGUGCCGCGAUCGAAUGGACUUUCUCCAUGGCCUACGCGGUAUUGUCGCCGCGAGGUCAGAGGCAGCCCUGCAGCCGGACUUUCGGACGGAGUACCUCCGAGUCGCGCGAGAGUGUCUCCUCGCGGGCGACUACAGCCCCUUGCUCAUGACACCGAGCGUCCCUCUGCUGGAUGACCCGCGGCUGAACCCGCUGGAUCCGUGCAGCUACAAUGAGGUCUGGACCUGGGAAUUGGGCGAGGAGACGAGUCCUCCUUCGCUCCCUAUCGAUGUAUCGUUCGAUGAAUCUGGCGAUAAAUUGACCUUGACGCUAGAGAAAAUUGGCAUUGUUACGAUUGUCAAAUUCCCGGACUGGAAGAGUACCUACGACCACUUUUCUCGGUGCGCCGCCUUCAGUCUCGAUCUCACCGGGCCGAACGUGGACGAUUUUGUCGUCUCGCUCGGGACAAGACUCUACGGCGAGCGCAAGGAGAUCAUCAUGGAGCAUCUCAAGGCCCACGAUAACCUCAAAGACCUCGAGGAUACGCUCCGGGACCAGUACAACACUCCCUGGGCCGAACCAUGGUCAAUGUGCGGCGAGGGGGAGGAGUGCGCCGAGUGGCUCGCAGACAUCAUGUCCCUGACCACUGUCGUCGGCGAGCUCUCAGAGAGCCGUAUCGACCUGAGCUACGCCCGAUUCGCGACGAUGCACUGCCACCCAUACAACUACAUGGUCGGGGUAACGUGCACAACCUGCCAUGGGACGUUCGCUUUCCGCGUGGGCGCCUUUGUGCCGACGGCCGACUUGCAUCGGGCCGUGGCGUACCGCGUUCCGGGGCUCAAGUAUAAGCUGUCGCACCUCGACGGCAUGGGCAUGCUGGUGAAGGACGGGCGCAUCGUAGGGCGCAUGAUCUGGGCCUCGCCCGCCUGCGAGUGUCGCGAGAGAGAGCUGGUGACGCUGCACAUGCCGGACCUGCCUUCUCCGUUGUCGCAUGAUCACAACUGA